UAUAUUAAGCACACACAAAUUAAUACUAUAAUAUAAUUAUAUAAAAAAACAACAAAAGCCGCAGAAUAAUAACAAUCUAAAACUGUUGGGCUACACUACAGUUUCCCUGUCUCACGGCAAUAUAAUCUUUCUCUUUCUCUCUCUAUUCUUUCACUUUGAGCUCUGCUUUGCUUUGUUCUCGCUGUCUCAGCUUGGAAGUGAAGCCCAAGGGAGGGAGAGAGAGAGAGAGAGAGAGAGAGGUGGAGUGGCAGAGUCGUAAAAAUGGAGAGAAAGCAAGGGUUCUUUUCGGCACUGAAGGAAGAAGUGGUACGAGGACUAUCUCCGGCGAGGUCAAGAGGGAAGUCUCCGGCGCCGAGAAGUGGGUCCCCCAUGUCCAGCUUACUAAGACGACGUAGCAGCAGUAAAACCCAGCAGGCCCACUACUACGUGGCGCAACCGGAGCCGUUGAUAGGGAGAUCCGGGAGCUUGAGGCCCACGGAGGCCUUAUCACCGUUGAAAGAAGGACCCGACGGAACGGACGGCCAGGAUGGGAGGAUGGAAGGCAGGUGGGCCCAUUGGAUGAAGAAAAGCCAGCUGUCAAGAUCUCCUUCAGUCACGUGUUCAUCCUCUUCUUCCUCGAACUACAGCAGCAACGGCAACAACAACAACAAUAGUAACAGUAACAGCAGCAAACGGUCGGAUCUGAGGUUGUUGCUUGGUGUCUUGGGUGCGCCGCUUGCUCCGGUGCACGUUAACACUGCUGACCCUUUGCCUCACCUUAGCAUCAAAGACACUCCAAUUGAAAGUUCAUCUGCCCAGUAUAUAUUGCAGCAGUAUACGGCAGCAUCUGGAGGGCAAAAGCUUCAGAAUGCUAUUCACAAUGCUUAUGCAAUGGGAAAGGUGAGGAUGAUAGCUUCUGAAUUUGAGACUGCUAACAGAGUUGUAAAGAGCCGGAAUUCAUCCAAAGCUGCAGAGUCGGGUGGGUUUGUCCUGUGGCAGAUGAAUCCCGACAAGUGGUAUGUGGAGCUUGCACUUGGCGGCAGCAAGGUUCAUGCUGGUUGCAAUGGGAAACUUGUGUGGAGGCACACACCUUGGCUUGGUGCACAUGCUGCUAAAGGGCCUGUUAGACCCUUGCGCCGAGCCCUUCAGGGACUUGACCCCAGAACCACUGCAAGUAUGUUUACCAAUGCAAGAUGUACUGGAGAGAAGAAGGUCAAUGGAGAGGAUUGUUUCAUCCUCAAGCUUUGCGCGGAUCCUGUGACAUUGAAAGCAAGGAGUGAAGGGCCAGCAGAGAUCAUAAGACACGUCUUGUUUGGAUACUUCAGCCAGAAAACAGGACUCCUUGUGCACUUGGAAGACUCCCAUUUGACCCGCAUUCAGAACAAUGGAGGGGAUGCAGUGUAUUGGGAGACCACAAUCAAUUCCUUCCUCGAUGAUUAUAGGCCUGUUGAGGGAGUAAUGAUUGCUCACUCGGGUCGUUCAGUUGUAACCCUUUUCAGGUUUGGAGAAACAGCAAUGAGCCACACUAAAACUAGGAUGGAAGAAGCAUGGACAAUUGAGGAAGUGGCUUUCAAUGUCCCGGGCCUUUCAAUGGACUGUUUCAUUCCUCCUGCUGAAAUAAGAUUUGCUUCUAUGAGUGAAGCCUGUGAACUUCCUCAGGGUCAGAGAGUAAACACUGCUGUGGCAGCUGCAGCUUAUCGUGCCAAAGUUGCUGCGUUUGAGAAUUCUCAUGACGGCAAUGUUAAUAAUAUAAUUUGGAAAGCAGAUGUUUAGGAAAGAGGGAGGUCUGUUGGAAAAUAUCACAGGGCUAGCUCGGUAUCUAGUUUCACUUGACUGACAAAUUAGAAAGUAGUUUGGUAAGGUAAUAGCAGGGUUGUUUGCAACUUUUCGGCAUGGGAACAGUGCCUCUUCAAAUUUGUAAAUACAGCACAAUCAUUCACAAGCAUUCUCAGUUGCCUGAGCGACUUUUUCUAUCUCUCAAUGGAGAAUCUUAUUAUGGAGUCAGGACUUGGGUUUUUGGUGGAUGAAUUGAGCAAAGGGGGGUGUGUUCCCAUUUACUUUCUAUACAUGUUCUGAAAACAGGACAUCUGAGGUUCAUUUUCAAGUCUUGAGUCUUGUAAGAUUUUCUCGAUUGCAUUCAACUGUGAUACUUCAAGAUCAAUUAGGAUUCCUGUAAAAUUUCGUCUGUGAAGGCAUUUAACAUUAUAUGCAUAGCCAUGUAAUGAGAGUUUCACGCCAAAAAGACAUGGCUUUUAAAAUAUUUUGAGUACUAUGUUAUGAAUCA